CCCUCACGCGCUUUUCGCCAAUCGGGACGCGUCUUUUCCGGAGGCAGUCCUUUGGAAGCCCCACCUCUCCGCCCUCUCUGUCACGUGACCGCUGAAGGGGCGGGCCCGAGUUGCGAGUUCUACCACGUGACGUGGGAAAGGUUGUGUUCUGCUGCCGCCAUUUUGCGGGAAGGCGGAGGCUCCUUUUUCUUCCAUUCCCUGUGCCGGCGGUAUCGCGGUUCCCAGCGCCCUCCGAUUUCUGAGCCUUCCCCAGCCCACAAGACUUUUCCUGUGGCGCUCUGAUUCCAGGACCUUCUCCACCACUAGGCUGGUUUUCCUGCCAGGUGUCCUUUUGACCUCUUGACCUCUGACUCAAAGGUCAGCCAAGGUUCUGAACUCGGGCCUGGGAUGUGAGGGGUUACGGAGCCCGAACUCCCCAGGCUGCAGCCCUGGGUUUCUAAAUCCCACCCUUUAGGUGCCUCACCCCAAAUUUGAGCCUUCAUAUCCCAAAAUUGACCCCCGAAGUUUCCAUAUCUAGCCCGGAUAGUAAGUUAACCCCCACUCCCUUUCCCUCCCCGAGGCUUGCAGCCAGCUCUGUACCACAAAUCUGGCUCCGGAUGAAAGGACCCCACCCUGCUUAACCCUCAGAUCCCUCCUGAUUUGAGUCAGCCGCCAUCCCGGCUCCCAUGGUCCCAAUUUUACCCUGAUUCUUCCCAUGACUGCUCAGCCCUCAAAUUCGGGAACUCAGCUCUAAAAUCUUCAGUCUCCAUCCCUGAGACCAACUCAUUUUGGAGGAUCCUUCCCUCUCCCAUUCUCGAUUUUCCAACCCAUGCCAUAGACCCCAAAAUGAUUUCUCCAUGCCCUCCUCCUCCAGAGCCCCCAGCCCCUCCUCCAAAGGCACCUGCACCCCAGACCCCCAUCCUGCCACCUCCUCCCCUGCCCCCACAUCUCCCCGACUUAGCUCUUCCACCCCCUUCCUCGAGUCUUGAGGCCCCCGUUCCCCCGCCACCCCCACUGCCACCUCCACCCACCGCCCCAGGGGUUGCUCCCCCUCACGUCUACGGCCUGGAGAAGAGCCGGCUCCUGAAGGAGGCCUUGGAGAAGGCCGGCCCAGUCCCCAGGGGCAGAGAGGACGUCAAGAGGCUCCUGAAGCUGCACAAGGACCGUUUCAGAAGUGACUUGCGGUGGAUCCUCUUCUGUGCCGACCUGCCCUCCCUCAUCCAAGAAGGCCCUCAGUGCGGACUGGUGGCCUUGUGGAUGGCAGGCACUCUUCUGGUGCCCCCCAGCGGCAUCCCCCUGGAGAGACUCGUGCAGAUGGCCAUGGAGAGAGGCUACACAGCCCAGGGGGAGAUGUUCUCUGUGGCCGACAUGGGCAGGCUGGCCCAGGAGGCACUGGGUUGCCAGGCGGAGCUGCUCUGCGGUGGCCUGGGAGGUCCCAACCGAGACCAUGUCCUGCGUCACCUUGUCGCCGGACAUCCCUUGCUUAUCCCCUACGACGAGGACUUCAACCACGAGCCAUGUCAGAGGAGGGGCUGCAAGGCCCACUGGGCAGUGAGUGCAGGGGUCCUGCUGGGCGUGCAGCAUGUGCCAGGCCUGAGCUAUGCUGAGGACCCUGAGCUGCCAGGCCUCUUCCACCCAGCACCUGGCAUGCCCCACCAGCCACCAUCUCUACCGGAGGAAGGCUCGCCAGGAGCUGUCUACCUUCUCUCCAAGCAGGGCAAGAGUUGGCACUACCAGCUGUGGGACUACGACCAAGUCCGGGAUAGCAACCUGCAGCUGACGGACUUCUCGCCCACGAGGGCCGCCGAUGGCCGGGAGUAUGUGGUGCCUGCUGGUGGGGUGCGAGCCGGCCUCUGUGGCCAGGCCCUGCUCCUCAGACCACAGGACUCCAGCCCCAAGCCUGCUGCAGCCCUGAACCAGGGGACCGGGCCCCAGCCACAGCCUGGCUCUGUCACUGUUUGAAGAGCUCCCCAGGUUCUUGUUUUGUAUGACAGCCCAAGGGUUUGGGUUGGAUCUCUGAGGACCUCCAGCCAGAGAUCCUUCAUGCAGGGUCCCCCCCAGUCCAUCUAGUCCCAAUCCUGGCAUUAUCCCCACUCCCCCACCCCCAAGCCCAUCCCCCCAGUAUUGAGCACCUACUGUGUAGGCUGGGGUUACAGCCAGGAGCCUGACAAACCAGCUCCCUCUCUCCAGGAGAGACUGAUGACAGCUCAGACCCCAUGUCCUGUCCAUCACACCUCGAUGUUGCACCCAUCCGUUUCUCACUGGUGACGCCCCCCCCCCCCCAGACCACUGUCCUCUCUCUGGUCAUCUGCGGGAGCCCCCCCACUGGACCCCCUGCUGCCCCGUGGCUGUUCACAUGGAGCCAGGGCUGAGGGAGCAAAAAAACACCAACCAGAUCUUCCCACUUUCCACCAGAGAAGCUUCUAGCAGCUCCUUGUUGCUCACACGAUAGGGACUGAUCUCUCCCAGCCUCAGCUCGCUUCUCCUUGUCCUAGGCCGUUCUUCCUCACACUUUUGCCACCAGCCACACUGGCCUGUCAGGCCCCUGUCGUACCCCACUGCAGCCCUCUGCUAACUCCUUAACUGCCCCAUCAUGGCUGUCACUUCCUCAGGGAAGGUGCCCUCAGCCCUGGCUGGGCCCCUCUCCCAUCUCUGUGUUCUCCUGAUUUAAAAACAACAAGCAAAUCCUUCUGAGAACACUUACUACGUGCCAACCCCGUACCUGUGUUAAGCCAUGAAAUCCUCCAGGCCUGUAAGGAAGGUGCUAGAUCCUCUCCGUCUUCCAGAUGAGAGACUGAAGCCAGGAGAAGUGCAGCCACCGGCCUAAGGUCACGUGGCUCGGCAAGUCCCAGGGCCAAGAUUCAAACCAGGGAGUUAGUACCCAUACAGAUAUAUACGUAGAGCGAUUAUCAGUUUAGUGAAUACUUGUUGCCUUUACUCUGAAAGGGGAGGGAGAGGGAGAAAUCUGUCUUGGUCACUGCUCUGUCCCCGGUGCCCAGCAAAGAGUCUUAGCCAGAGCAACGGUUCAGUGUAGUGUUUCUAACCAGAAGUGUGGUGUCCCCCAUCCCAGCCCUGACAUUGGUUGGCACUGUCAGGUGUACUGGCCUGGGAGCCGCUGAGGGCAGAGCUUGGAGCUGCCUAGUGAUCACUGUGUCUCCUGCAUCAUCCAGCACAGAGCCAAGCACAAGAGUAACAGCUCGGUGACCACUGAUGACCGGACAGCCCAUGCCGAGCCUGCCUUUACCCCAGAUGGAUCAUUGUCCCCUUAACCCACCUGGCACUAAGGCUCAGAUCAGGAGCUUUGAGCCCGCACACCCCGAUGCAAAAGGAAAAACGCCA